CGAAGAAGAGGGAUAGGACGUGCGCUCGAGGCGACACCUGUCAACCUGAUACUAAACACAGUCGGUUUAUUUAAGAGACUGAGGAACCUGAAGACGGGAGGAUAAACCGAUUGGGAAAUAGAGGUUCGACGCACCUACUGCCGCUAUUUUUGCGCUCAGGGAGAGACACCAAGCCCUUUAAGGUGAAAAACGGAGUAUGUAGUAAUGAUGGUCUAUGACAAGCCGUUUUGGAGUUGAAGUAGUGAAGUUGACAUGCAUUAGGUGUCGGCUGAGGUGAGCUGACUGACGGCGUUAGGAAAGACAUUGGAAAAAAAAAAAGAAAGAAACGGGAGGCGAAGACUUUACCGAGGAUGGUGCUCACCAACACUCCACCAUCUAUCCUGCUGAUGUAAACACUGGUGAAAUGCAACUUUAGGAUAUCUGACAGUGGUCCAUUUCCACCAACCUUCUGGAGAACCUUUCCCAACGUGACUGACCUCCACAGUGCUGCUUAGAGCAAACUGCUUAUACUGCACACUGUCAUAUGACUGUAAAGAGGACCCGUGUGAACUAAAAGGGAAGAUAUAAAACAUUUAACAGCAGUUAUUGAGGCAGAAACUGAGAGGGAACGUUUUGCAGAGCUCGAAUCCUGCUCCUGCAGCCUGUACAUCACCACCACUAAACUGUGUGGUCAAAGAGAACCUACUAUUACAGAUCAACUUUCCGAAAGAACUGCAUUUUUCUGAGCUGUGGAAACCUUGUGGUGGCUCAUUAAUUAAACCUACAACCUGGCUAUUAAAAGCAAAGUGUUGCAUGGUACAGUACUAUUUUUGCAUGACCCACUACUUGCAUGAGUAUCCAGGAUUGCUUUUGACUUCGAAGAAGGACCCUUGAGCCCUCAACCAUUUCCUGACUGUCUGCCCAACUGUAACAUCUGGGUGUAGAGGGUUGGUUUCAAAAUUAGGCCUCUGGAAGCUUGUUGAAGAUGACUUGAGUUGGCAGGCCUAAAAGCCCCCUACCCAGAGAGAGAAAAAACGAGAGCUUGGCAAUAGGGUGCACACACAACACACAAAUGUGGGUGCCGAGGCGGCUUUGAGCCAUGCUGGUGUUGCAGUUUGUGGAGCCCUGGAGUACAGGCUAUCAUCACCCCUAUCAUCAUUCACCCAAGCUGAGGAGGAUUCAACAGCCCCAAGGAACGAGGCUACACUUCUGAACGAUUCAAAGACGACCGAGAGACUGCGUUAACACACAGAGAUCCACUGCGACAUCCUCAUUCACACAUACAGACAAACUAAUACUCCUCUCAACAAAUCCUUGAUACAAGAAAAACAAAGCCGCGGCGGACGUGAAAGGCACAGAGUCUGAGCAGGAACUGCGCACCAAGAUGGCAACUGAGAGUCUUGCUGAGCUCCGUGAUUGGCUCUUUCUGCUUCUCCUGUGCCUCACCUUAUUGGCUGAGGUACUGGAACUAGCGGCAGCAGCAAUCGCCAUGGAGACGGGCGAGGGAGACGAGGGCAUUGUUUGUCCCUCAGUGUGCCGCUGUGAUGAGGGUUUUGUCUACUGCAACGACCGCGGCCUCAGUAUAAUUCCUCCACUACCAUUAACGGCUGCCAUCCUCUACUUGCAGAGUAACCGGCUGACCAAUGCCGGUCUGCCUCCCUCACUGGAACGCAGCAGUUCCAUACGGGUGAUUUACCUGUAUGCAAACCAGCUGGAUGAAUUUCCCAUACAUCUCCCACCUUCGUUACGGGAGCUCCACUUACAGGAUAAUAAUAUACGAACGUUACCGCGAUCAGCUCUUGCCAAGUUACCAUUACUAGAACGUUUACACCUGGAUGAUAACUCUAUAUCCACAGUUAGCAUCCAGGAGAGAGCGUUUUCUGGGACUCCCCGGCUACGACUGCUGUUUCUGUCUCGUAACCACCUGUCAAGCAUUCCCGCAGGCUUGCCUGCAUCACUGGAAGAGCUGCGCCUGGACGACAACAGAAUCAGCACCAUACCAACACAUGCCUUUCGCGGGCUUUCCUCACUGCGACGCUUGGUUUUGGAUGGCAACCUGUUAGCCAAUACCCGUAUUGCAGAUGACACAUUUUCCCGUCUUUCCAACCUGACUGAGCUUUCACUGGUGAGGAAUGCUCUCCAGUCCCCGCCUGUCAACCUUCCUUCAGCUCACCUCAUGCGGCUCCAUUUGCAGGAUAACGGAAUGACCCACAUACCGAGGGGGGCACUAGAUGGGAUGAGGCGACUGCAGAGGCUCGACCUGUCGGGAAACAACCUGACCAGUCUCCCUCGAGGACUUCUGAAGGAUACAGAGAGUCUGGAGAUGCUACUUCUACGAGGAAACCCCUGGUACUGUGGCUGCAACCUUCGAUGGCUCCAUGCCUGGCUACACAGCAGGGGGGCAGCAGUAACAGUCAGGGGUCUGACCUGUCAGGGGCCCGAGGCUGUACGGGGCCAGAUCUUGAGAGACCUAACCUCACUGAUGGAGCAGUGUGAAGGCCCUCCUUCUGGGCCCAGUGCUGGAGCAGGUGCAAACCCAUCAGAAAAAGAGGCAGGAGGUGAAGGUGGCGGUGGUGGAGGAGGCCAACCAGUGGCCUCCAUCCCCCAUGGCAGCACCACCACUACCUCUUUACUGGUCCCCACACAAGGUUCUCUGUUCACUCUGCGAUCCAAGCUGCCAGGCCUGGUCAUACCUCUGCCUCCAGGAGAAGGGGGACAAGUAUCUGGAGAGGCUCUGGAGCUGACUGUUAAACCUCUCUCUUCAGACAGUGUACUGGUGAGCUGGUUGUGCCCAGAACCAGCACCUUCCUUCCGCCUGUCAUGGCUGAGGUUGGGCAGCAGUGCAGCUCUUGGUUCCAUAACAGAGACUCUGGUUCCUGGAGAGAGGAGGCAGUAUCUCCUUACCCAGCUCACCCCACGCUCCCAUUACCUCAUCUGUCUGCUGCCACUACGACAGGAGCCUUCCUUUGGGGGUGCCAACAUGGGCUCAUCUCGAGCUAGCAGCUUUGACACGGACAGUAAAGACUCGGCUCCAGCCUGUGCUCAAAUAGAGACUGGAGAGGCUCUUAUCAGCUCAGGAGGAGAGGGGUCAAAUAAGGAGGGACAGGACUCAGAGCUAACAGCUUUACCACUGGCUGGGAUCAUAGGGGGUGCCACAGCAUUGGUGAGUCUGCUGUUAAUCUUUGGUAUCUUCUGCUGGUAUGGACAGAGAGCAGGUUACAUGUCUGGAGAUUCAGGCUCAUACAGCAGGGGCCGGAGUGGAAAACAUUAUGAUGACUACGUAGAGUCAGGCACCAAGAAAGACACUUCCAUCUUAGAGAUCAGGGCCCCUCCUGCAGGGUUUCAGAUGACAGCUAUGGCCCAUCAGCCCCUGCAGCCCAAGCUGGAGGAUGUCACCUAUAUCCACACUAUUUUCCCUUCCUCUUCCUCUUCCUCCCAAGCUAACGGGACCUACCGAAGUAGCCAUGGAGCUGGCAGCCUCAACGGUACCAUCCUCAGCCAAACCAGCCACCAUCAUGUCACUUAUGGUACUAACCGUGGCUACAGAGAGGGUGGCAUCCCUGACAUAGACUACGCAUACACGUGAUGAUACAGGGAGACACUCCCUGAGCCACGAAUGCCAGGCGCCAUUUCUAAGGAUGACGACCCCGUGGCCAGUGGCCAUUUUGUCCUUGGUUUCCAAAGUACCCUCUGUGCCUCUGCUGGUUCUGAUUUGCUUAGUAGAAAAGACUGAUUUCAGCUAUGUUGAUAGGACAUUGCUCUUGAGUGACAGAAGUAACAGUCCUACUAUACUCUACUGUAUAUUACAUUAUACAGUAAACCCUUCUUUCAGCGCUACUUAUAGUUAUAAAUGGUUUUCUCUUUUGGAUAUCUCAGUGUCUUUCAAACCUACUGUUCUUCUCAGCUCAUAAUAAUACACAGUAACUUAUUUGAGGUUGAUACUAGGCUUAGCAGAUUUAGCAGGAGAUAUAUUUAUAAUAAGAGGAAAAGGCACUUGAUGUGAAUAGAGAUAGCUCUCAUAUCUUCCUACCAACUGUAAGCUCUGGGCUGUAUAGAUAAAGAGAUGACAGAAGGAGGAAUCAAUGGUUGUUAUAACCCACAGAUGACAAUGCAUCAUAGUUGACAUGAAAAGAUGUGUUCCUAGUCCCCCUCCUUUCCUCUGGUUCACUCCCUCCUUUUUAAUUUUUCCUUUUUUCUGCUUUUUUUUUGGCUUAGGCUCUUUUCUUUUAUUUCUCUUGUGUCUUUUGUGAUGCCAUGAGCAGAGGACGACUUUGUUCUCGCCAAGGGAACUGACAGCAGUGAUAACAGCUCUGACAGAGAUGGGAGACACAAACCACAGCAUGGGGAGACUAAUGAGAGGGGGGAGAGAGCCAGAGAGUUGGGGGGGGGGGGUGAUGGAUAGAUGGAAAGAUGGAGAAGAUGGAGAGAGAGAACAUAAAAGAAGACAGGGGGAGAGAAAUAAGGAGGGGCUGGUUUUUGGGGAGCGAUUGGUGAGAGGUGUGUUGGCUUAAGGCAGAAAGCUACAACAAAAAGUAAGAAAAAAGGAAGAUGAGUGUGUGGCAAAUGCAGCAAUGGGAGGUAAAAGAGCAGACAAAAAGAAAAGAGGAUGGGGGACAGGGGAGGAUACAGGUGGGGUAAAAUACAAGACUGACAAGAAAAGACGACCUGUAACACAUCUGCCACUGCACUCAGUAAAUGCCUGAAUAAACUCUCCCUUCAAGGUCUGAGAUUAUGAAUUGCCUGCGAUUAUUACAUGUCAAGGUGUUUACUCAUUAUACAGCACAUUUUUGCUAGUCUUCACCUUACUGUCGACUAAUCAAAGUCCUCUUAAUGUGUGCUAUAUCACAAUCUCAGAUAUGUUACUAAACUAUUCAAAGGAACAAAAGCAAGAGAAGACAAUCGGAGGAAAACGUUCAUAAAGUAGGCUGUACAGAUUGCCACAUAAUGAGACAAAUGACAAAUGCCUUUAGAAAAAAUGCCAUCCUGAAUUUCCAUUUCAGGAUGACAAAUAUUGUAAAAUAACUAAAGAGUACUGCAUGUGGCCAAUUUCUACUGUGGUCGGCUCUUGCUAUUAAAUUACCUGAGCAAAUGAAGAAAUCUAAUCACACAUCUUAUAAUAGCAACCAAUUAUCUUUUAGGAUCUGGAUAAAGCAGCUAAUAAUUUUUGGGUGGAAGUCAAAAUUACUCUAGUGUAAUUACUUUUCACUGAAAUUCCCCAAUGAAAACAUCUAUUUUAACUUAAUUAGAAACUUUUAGUAACUGUUUUUACAUGUAUUGAAGGAAAAUAUCUCAACCUCAAUCACAGGGAAUGUAAUUUUUCCUUUUUUUAAUAACAGACAUUGUGAUAAGGGCACGGACAAGCAUCUCUUACUCAUUUUUUGCUAUUAUUAUUAUCCAAAAUGGCCAAAUACACUGGAGAUAGCUGUGAGUGUGUGCUCACAAUUGAAAGCUUUUCAGGUGACAAUGUAUAGAUUCUCAUGGUAUGUAUGACCCAGCUUGAUUAAAUGAUGAGUUGAACAGAAAAGAGUUAAAUCUGCAACUAUUUUGAUAACCCAUUCAAUCCAAUCCAACUGUUUUUGUGUUUUAUAAGAGAAAAUGACAAAAUGUAACAGGUUUUAGGCUCUGGAAUAUAAUGAGUUAGGUUUUCACUGUCAUAUGUGAGAGGAAACUCAGUAAAUUGGGGUUUUGGAUUGUCAGUUGAACAAAAAAAGAGGAAAUUUAAACAUGAUAGGUAAACUUGGGCUGAGGGAUAUUCUAACCCCUAUUGUUUUCUUACAUUUUAUAGAUAAAAUUUGAUUGCUCAAUAAAAUAUAAUAGCAUUAGUAAGAACAGGAGUUGGUUAUUGCUGUCAAUGAGGAAAUACCACAGCUUUUUGAAGUGAUUAAAAACAAAUGUGUCAGAAAGAUGUCAUCUUGAUGAAAUCUACCUAAAAAUCACCUUUUGGAAAAGUUUAUUUGUAUUGAAUUGUAAGCAUAUGGUUUUAAGUAUUUUAAUUUAGAGUAUUUCUGGUUCUAGUCAGGAUGAAAUUUUUAAACCCAAUGAAAAAAAAAAAUCUCUGACAUUUAAUCUGACGCAUUAUGGGAGGUAAAGUCCAUUAGCUGAUUCGGGGGCUGUCUACCACUUUCAAGGGCCUUAGUGCAGCGUAGACACAGCUUUGUUAACAGGGAUCACAGCCUGACCGCAACACUGUGCAGUUUAACACACACCCACACACAGAAAAGAAAGGGGAACCUGCUUUCUGACUGAUUCUCAGCUCUGCUAUCGUUAGGAAAGAAGAAACUUCAAAGCCCAACACAUACGACACUGACAAACAGCCAGAGAUUAGAAAAUGCAGAGGAAAGGAUAGAAAGGGAGAAAUAAAGAAAUGAGCGGAGAAGGAGGUGAUUUAGAUAGAGCCUGUAAGUGUUGAAACUUCUUACUUUCAGUGGCUCUCUUUUCUCUUUUCCAGCCUGUGUUACUGUGUACCAGUAAUAUUCCAAGAGCGCUGGUGUGAGUUUUUAGUUGUUUUUUUUUUUAAUGUCUGGGUUUAUUUUUGUUGUUUUUUUUAAAGAGCACUGAAGCUUCCUUUCAUGCUGUGUAGAAAUCCUUUUCCUUUAAAAAUGCCACCCUCAGAUGUGUUAAUGAAAACACUCUUAUGUAUAAAAAUGGGUGCAAAAUGCUAUUCCAUUUACUGGUCUGUCGUCUUUUUUUCUACGCAGAUGAAUAAAGACUUCUAAAAGGAAA